AUGGAUACUCUCUUAACAGCGGAGAUUGUCGUGAACUCUCCACGGUUUCGACGGAAGUCGUCGACGUUUGUCGAUGCUAUCCAUGACUUACCUGAAAAGGCCGAUCUUGCCCCAGCUCAGUUAUAUAGCACUGAGUCUGGUAGGCUUUUUCACUCGGGUCGGAUUGUCAUUAUUACUGUAGGCCUUCCCGCGAGAGGCAAGACCCAUAUGUCUGUAGCGAUGGCGCGGUAUCUUCGAUGGCUAGGUGUCAAAACCAGGAUAUUCCAUCUAGGAGACUAUCGACGAGCUACUAUUCCCCACGGGGAAGACAUCCCGGAUGAUUACUUCUUCGUGAAUGCAUCUGCAUCGUCAGUUCUUCUUAGGCAGAAAAUAGUAAAGAGAUGUCGUGAGGAUAUAUAUCAGUUUCUAAACGAGGAAAAUGGCCAGAUUGCCAUCUACGACGCUGUGAACCCAUCAGCUGCUGGGCGGAGAUCUCUCGCAAAUGAAUUUGCCAAACAUGAUAUCGAGACAUUAUUCAUCGAGUCGUGGUGCGAUGACUAUCGCAUAAUUGAGGAGAAUGUCCGCAGGGUCAAGAUAUCAUCACCAGAUUAUGUGGGUUGGACAUCUGAGGAUGCUGUCAAGCACUAUUUGGCUCGGAUAUCCGCUCGAAUCCCUCAGUUCCAUACCAUGGAAGAAAAAGAUCUCAACUAUAUCAAGAUGAUAAAUGCGGGGGAGAGACUGAUUGUCAACAACAAAAGUUUUGGUUACCUGUCAAAUCGGAUAGUGUUCUAUCUUCUCAAUCUUCAUAUUAAGACGAGACGCACAUACUUUGCUCGGGCUGGUGUUUCGGUGGAUGCCAAUUCCUAUAAGGCGGAUGGCCCUCUGUCCGAAAAGGGGCAGGAUUACGCUAGAAAAAUGACGGAAACUCUGCUGAAUGACAGAGAAUCCGAAAAGCAGGCAAUCAUCGAUCAAGGAGAGACCGACUAUGAGCUCAAGCCUUUGACAGUUUGGACUUCCACAAGGCACCGAACAGUCGAGACUGCAAAGGAUCUGCAUGAAAAAGGGUACAAAGUUCGACAGAGAUCUCAGCUGAGCCAGCUGAAUCCCGGCGUUUGUGAAUUGAAGUCUGAGAGAAGAAUUCGGGAAGAAUACCCGGAUGAAGUGGCUAAGCAUGAGCUUGACCCUUAUCACCAUAGAUAUCCCCGGGCAGAGUCAUACCAUGAUCUUGCCGUGCGACUUGAACCCAUAAUUUUGGAGCUUGAAAGGGAGCAGAACGACCUGCUAAUCAUUGCCCAUGAGAGUGUGCUUAGGGUUCUGUAUGGCUAUCUCAUGGCAUGCAAUGCCGCGGAUAUUCCGUUCUUAGAAUUCCCCCGCGACGAAAUAAUAGAAAUAAUUCCCGAGAGUUACCAAAACGAGGCCCGCAGGAUCAAAAUUCCCGAUCUGCCCACUGAGAUCAUUCCUGGGUCGCCCCAAGACAUUGAGAUCCCGGUCCCUCCUAGUGGUGUUAAUACCCCUUCAGUCCAAGGCAUUGGGUCUCCGAAUGACGGCGUAUCGACGCCGCAGGGCGGUAUACGGACUCCUCGCGAGCCCGAGAGGAUUUCACAGCAGCAUGUGGAAGAUGUUGUCUGA